ACGGGCGGCCCGAUUUUGAACCGGUAUCGAAUCGCCUCUGAAUAACUUCAGCAGUAAAGCAAGAGAAUCGUGUAAUUCUCAUUUAAUCAAAGGAGCUAUGGCUUCCGAUUCUCGUAAAGUGAUUGUUCAUUUAAGAGCGACCGGUGAUGCCCCAAUUCUUAAACAAGCCAAAUUUAAGAUUGCAGGGACUGACAAAUUCAUCAAAGUAAUAGAUUUUCUGCGCCGCCAACUUCAUAGGGAGACAUUGUUUGUGUAUGUUAACAGUGCCUUCUCACCAAAUCCAGAUGAGUUGGUAAUUGACCUGUACAAUAACUUUGGUUUUGAUGGGAAGUUGGUGGUUAAUUAUGCAUGCUCCAUGGCGUGGGGCUGAGAACUCUUGGUUGUUCGCACUACAUUGUUUCAAAUCACCAUACCUAGUAACUACAUUUAGUAGAGCAAUAGAACCGUGGCAUCAAAUAUAAGUCAGAUUGUUCUCCAGUAGAUUGUUCAGUAUUGAGCUACGGUAUGUAGAAUGAUGCUUGACAAUUCUGCUUCAGUAGUUCUUUGAUAGACUAUUCUGUCUAUACUCAGGCAGGAAACAUUUCGGGCUUUUGCUGUCCCUUUUCUUCUACCAUCCCCUGAAGCUUAGAGUUGAAUGUCUGCCAUAUUGGUGUGAAAAGUUUACGCGUCCUUUCUUCUCUCACCAUAGUGACUCUUUAAGUUCUGUAAAGUUAGCAAUCCUCCUAUUCAUUUGUAUAUAAAAUUCUAAUUGUUACUAA